AUGGAGGCAGAAUUGAGAGCAUCCAAAGAGCGUGGCUUCUUCGGACGCCAGGGCUCCAGUGAUGCUGCGAUGGCCUCGCUAACUUCGCCUCGACCGCAGCAGAAGCUCAGCCAGGCUCGCCGCCGUGACUUCGUUGCCAAGCCCUGGCUUUUCAGGCGACCUUCCGUCGUCUCGGCUACAGGUCGCGAUCUCGCAAGAUCGCGGCAGCUUGUGACUCCGGUGGGCAGAGGUGGGCGAUGUGAUCCGCUUCCUGCAGAAGAGGUUGUCCGGGAUCUGAGAUGGGCGAAGUCUUGCGCAAAGUCGGCCGCCUGCAUAGAGGGCGAGUGGGACGAAUGA